AUGGAACUCGGCGACGCUGAGAUGGCGACGACUGGUUCUCUGGCUGUAGAGCGCCGCUCUAGUGCGCCCGGCACUUCGACAAGUCCUUAUCAUGUCGAGAAUCGAACGCCAAGGGUUAAUAUCUCAUGCGGUGGGGCGGGAGGAGAUGAGCAAGUCGUAACAGCGGACAUCUCCGAGCUGAUUGGCGAGCUGCAGGUGGUGGAACUGCAGGCUCAGCUGCAGCAGUCCAGCAGCGCUUUACGGUCGUCCCAGCAGCAGCUGCAAGGCUUGAGCGCGCGGGUGGAGGAGCUCGAGGCGUCGCUCGAAACCGAGGUGGAGCGCAUGGUGGCAACGCUGCAAGCAGAUCUGCAGGCCGCGCACGAUGCACAUGAGGCGAAGCUUCAGGAAGCGGAGUCAGUUGAGAUCUCCCUGAGCGAGCGGACCCUUUGGAUGCAUCUUUUGAGUGCGUUUUGGGGUCAGGGCCUUUGGGGGCUUCCCAUUAACUGCACCGUGUACCUGAAUGAGCGCCUCUGGACACAGGAGGCUGCGGCAGCGGAGGUGGCAGCUACAGCAGCAGCACGUGAGGCGGAUCUGCAGGAGGCACUCCGCGCGGCGCAACAAGCAGCCCAGCAGGCGGAAGCGACAAUAGAAGUAGAGCGGAAUACUUGUAGGCAACUGCAAGCGCGGCUAGGAGCGUACGAGGACCUGUGCUGGCGGCUUGAGAUGGAGCUACGACUGCCUGACGCUUGCGGGGGCACGGCCGGACGAGGCCCCGAGGGGGGCGCUUUGGGGCCGCCUCGGCAACCGUAUAACCCGUCGGCACCAUACAUGUCCUGGCCCGAGUCGCUGCUCGCCGCCGCCCGCGCACUGCAAGCACGGCUUCGGGACCAAGCUGCCCGGGGCGCAGCAGCCGCUGACGCGGUUGCAGCGGCUGCCUCGGCGGCUGCGGCGGCCGCUGCUGCCUGGCGUGGCAGGGCACAGCGCGCCGACGCCGAUGCGGCGGCCGCUACAAUCGCUACGGAGGAGCUCCGCCACUCCUUGGGCACCGCACUGGCUGCACUUCAUGAGGAGGCAGCGCUGCUCGCAGCGACGAACACGGCUCUUACGGCUGAUCUGGAGCAGCGCCAGACGCAGGUGGCGGAGUUGAUGGCCAGCAGCUCGGGGCUUGAGGCGCAAGUAGUGCAGCUGGGCGGGGAGUUGUCAUCGCUUGACAACCUGCGGACAGCCCUUGAGAGGGAACUAUUUGAUGCAGGCGAGCGGCAUUCAGCGCUAGAAGCGCAGGUCUUGAAGCUUCAGAACGAGCUGGCCGGGGCGCUGCGCGGGAGGGAGGAGCUAGCAGCGAAGGUGUCGGAGCUCCAGAAGGAGGUGGCGCAAGCGCACAGCCGCAAGGAUAGCUUGGCAAAUGAGAUUUCCGAGCUGCGCCAGGAGCUUCAGGUUGUGCGGGUGCAUAAGGCCGGUUUGGAGGAGCAGGUUUCUGAUCUGAACGAUGAGCUUCACAGCACAAGAACCCGGGAGCAGCAGCAGCUCUCACUCUUGGAGGCAGAAAGGGAAACAUGGAAACGAGAGCGCGAGCGGAUGGGAGAGGAGGGCGCCAGCCUGGCAGCAGCCGCAUCGGCGCUUAUGGCCGCGGCAGAAUGUGGGGACGCACGCAGUCGCACGUGCACCGCCGCUACAACGGCGGCGCUGGAGGAGGCGUUAAGAGCUGCCGCAGCCCACCUUGAGAAUGCACGACGCGCGUCGGAUUUUGAACUGGAGAAAAUGCGAAUGCAAGUAGUGGACCUCUAUGAGAGGCUAGGGCAGGCGAAGUCCCGGAUCCUGGUGGAGGCUGAGCGCCACGAGGACGCACGCCAAGCCGAGCGUGCAGCCGAGCAGGCUGCACGAGCGGCGCUGCAGAACGAAGCUGCGGUCGCGGCAGCUGCGGCGCUUUGCGCGCGGGUAUUCCGGUCAGUGGAGCGCGCCGCCGCUGCCUCUGCGGCCGCUGAUGUAGCGAUGGACCUGGUGGCAGCGGAGCGCCAUGCAGCACAGCAGGUCGCACGGGUCGUGUGUGCGCGCGUGGUGCGGCGGCAGGAAGCUAUUGAGGCGCAGGCGGCAAUGGCUGUUGCGGCUGCCCAACUAUCGCACGCAGAAGACCGGCAUGCCAAUGUUCUCGCGGAAGUAGCUAUGGCGCGGCUGGCAGAUCAGUCUACAGCGGCUGCCCGGGCCCAGUUGAUAGAGGCCCAGCUAGCUGACUCCACGCGGGAGUGCAUGAACCUGUCAGCACAGGCAGCCGAGCUCGCUGGGCGCCUAGAGCAGGGAGAAACAACUGCUGCCGGACUAGCAGCGCGGCUGGAUAAGGCGCUGGCGGCCAGAGCCGCGGCAGUGGAGAAGGCUGAUGCCGCGCACGAACGAGCAGCGGAAGCGGAAGCGGCCGUUGCCCAGUUGCAGGCUGAGCUAGUGGCCAAAGCAAUGGCAAUGGAGGAGGCCAAGGCCGCAGCAGCACAAGCGGCCGACGCCACAAAUACCCGUGCCGCGGCGGCGGAGGAGGCCAUUGCACACUUGCAGGCUGAGCUAGCGGCCAAAACAAUAGCAGCGGAGGAGGCCAGAGCCGCUGCAGUUGAGGACGCCAGAGCUGCAAAUACCCGUGCCGCGGUGGCGGAGGAGGCCAUUGCACACUUGCAGGCUGAGCUAGCGGCCAAAACAAUAGCAGCGGAGGAGGCCAGAGCCGCUGCAGCACAAGCGGCCGACGCCACAAAUACCCGUGCCGCGGCGGCGGAGGAGGCCAUUGCACACUUGCAGGCUGAGCUAGCGGCCAAAACAAUAGCAGCGGAGGAGGCCAGAGCCGCUGCAGUUGAGGACGCCAGAGCUGCGAAUACCCGUGCCGCGGUGGCGGAGGAGGCCAUUGCACACUUGCAGGCUGAGCUAGCGGCCAAAACAAUAGCAGCGGAGGAGGCCAGAGCCGCUGCAGUUGAGGACGCCAGAGCUGCGAAUACCCGCGCCGCGGUGGCGGAGGAGGCCAUUGCACACUUGCAGGCUGAGCUAGCGGCCAAAACAAUAGCAGCGGAGGAGGCCAGAGCCGCUGCAGUUGAGGACGCCAGAGCUGCGAAUGCCCGCGCCACGGCGGCGGAGGCGGCCGUUGCGGAGUUGCAGGCUGAGGUGGCGGCUAGAGCCGCGGUGGCGGAGCAGGCCAACGGCCUUCACACCAGCGUUGCUAUGGUCGAUGUGGCCGUUGCGCAGUUGCAGGCUGAACUGGUGGCCGUGGAGCGCGAGCAUAAGAAGGUCACCGAGACGCUGACGUCACUGCCGUACGCGCAGAUUACAGCCGUCGGUGUGCUGCCUGAUUCACCGGGGCCACUAUCGCACCGUGUGGAUGUGGAUGUAGGUGCAGAGAUUGAGACGGACGGUGACGCCAGCUGCACGGAGCGCACUGGGCCCAGCGGCGGGGAUGGCAGCAGCGAUGACGCUGUGGCUGCGGCAACUGGGGCCGUUUCCGAGGCCGAGGGCUCCGACGCUGGGAACUCGUGGAACGACGCACCUGGACCAGCAACCAAUACACGGGAGUUGCAUCUGCAUCAGCAGGUCUUGGCGCUCCAGGAUCUCCUGGAGUCCGAGCGCGAGGCCAAUGCCGCCCGAAUUGUCACGCUGCGUGCUAUGCGGGUUGCAGAGCGUGAGGAGCUGCAUCGGCAACUACGUGUGUUGGCGCAUGCAGCUGGGAUGGCUGCUGCUGGCGACGGUACCGGAGCCGAUGCUGCGCUUUUGCUGCCACGACGCCCUGCGGAGUCCUAUCCUGUCGUUAUUUCUAGGCAACAUAGCGUGACAAGUGUCUUGGAGCCGCAGUCCCGGGCAGGGACCCUGGGACCAAGGGCCUCAGCCCCCUUGAUUGCUGCCGCCAGUGCGGCUGGUUGCGGUAUCGUGUCUGUUGGGUUAACUCCCGACGCCAGCGGCCACCAGGUGCGGCGACGGGCUUCCGAGCCGCAGCGUCCCCGAACUGGGUUGCCGCCACUGCCACCGCAAGCCGCACAGGACAUCAGCAGCACAAGCAGUGCUGGCAGCUCCUCAUAUUGGUUGCCAGCGGCGGCGGCAGUGGCCGCCGCUGCAAACGAUUACGACUCGCAUCACGAGCCCAUGUGGAUGGCUAAUGCAGCGUUUGGGGGAACCAUCUCGCUGGGCUGCCCUUCUUCUGCUGCGGUGUCGGAAACACAGGUAGCGGAGCUGGCAGAUACCAUUGCGACGCUUCGGGCGGAGCUGGCGGCGUCCAAGGAGGCUUUGCGAAGGGAACGCUGCGAGACGGAGGUCGCAGGAUGCACGGAGAUGGUGCUCACUGGUGGUGGCGCAGACACCGGCUGCCAUGCUGUUGGGGCGGUGCAGGUGGGGGUCGGUAACAGCCCUAAGGAAGCCAAUGCGGACCACCGCAGAGCAUGUCUGGUGGCGCCAUCGACAGGACCAGAGAUGGCGACGUCCGUUUCACCAGCAUCAACAGCAACUGUCGUACCUGUCAACGUGCAGCAACACAGCCAUGAUGGCGGCGUUAGCUGGUCGGUUAGUGAGCUCUUGGGUAUGCUUGAGGCGGAACGUGCGGCACGUGGGGUACGGGAGGUGGUAUUGCGCGUCCUGCGCGCAGUCGAGAGAAAUGCGCUGCAACAGGAGCUGGCGAACAUGCGUGCAGCGCGUGCCGCCGCGCAUGCCGCCGCCACCGACGCGCGCAUGCGGCUGUCGGCGCUGCUCUUGGCGCACGCGCGCGUGUGCGGGGAGGUGGAAAUGCUGCGGGCCUCUAAUGAUGAGAUGGCGGCGGAGCUUGGUCCUGCCAGGCGUGCGGUGGAGCAGCUCCGGAAACAGAAUGAGCAGCUGUGGAGAGACGCACGUGAGGCGACAAUGCACUGCACCGCUGACACCAAUGCCGACACCCUCGCGCGCUUGGCAUCUUCGGAGGCACGGGAGUCAGCCUUGGCAGCCCAGUGUGAGGAGCUAGCAGCAAAAUACGAGGAACUGGAAGCACAGAUGCACAGAGGCGCUGUGUCGGUGGCAGCAUCGCCGACUGCCUUUUCGACUCCGCCAGACGCGGAGGCGGUUGCGGAGGUCGCGCAAAUGCAACUGGCUGCACAGGUAACUGAGCUGCCGUCCGAGCUAGCGGUCUCGCCGUCAACCCUGAAGCGGCUGAGCACCGAAUGCAUGGCGGCACGGAAGGACCGGCAGCGACUGCAACAGCAGCUGGUGUCGCUGCUGGCCCAUAUGGCAGUGGUGCAGCAGUUGGCGGAUGAGCUAUGCGGAUCGCUGCAUGCUACGACCGUUGACCUGAAUGAGCAAGAGUUGGACGAGCAGGCGCCCGAUGGGACGCAUGUGCAGGCUAAUAGCAUGAAGACGAGGGUGGGCAGGCGUCGGCAACUCGCGGUGGAAACAAGGGCAUGGGCGCGGCAGGCCUCCUUACUGCAGGAGCAGCUGGCGCUUGUGGUGCAGGGAGCACGGUCAGGGCUGCAGCCGCUGGCGACGGUGACAUGGGAUUUCCAUUUUGCAGAGUCUUUGCCUGCAGCCACUGGUCUCCGUCCCGCCGCACACCCUAUGGCUGCGUUGUCGCCAGAGCUGCCGGCGGAGAUUGAUCGUAGUCCGUCAACGGGGGCUGCCGGCGUGGCAGCGGCAGCGAGUCUGCUGCGAGGCAAUGGAUGGGCUGGCGGUAGCGGCGGGCUGGCCUUGGGGCGGCGCUGCCUCAGCGCCAUUGAUCUUUCCUCCCUUGCGCAUCGGGCAGAGGAGGCCGCUGCCGCGGCGGAGUUUGUUGCUGCAGCCCAGCUCCCCGCGGUACAAUCGCAGCUGCAGCAGGAGCAUCAGCAGCAGCUAUCACCAGGCCAUGACAGCGUCACCGGUCCGCCGGCUGGCGGCUGCGGCUCUUUCCUGCCAGGCCUGCACCGCCUCAACCUGCACCACUUCGCUUUGCUGCAAGGACGAGGGUACUGGAAUCCGUGGGCGAUGGGCGCGGCUGUAAGCACCGCCACCGUGCUACAGCGACUCCGGGCGAGGGGUAGCGCCACGGUUGGUGGCGCGGCUUCUACGGCCCCUGUAGCGGUACCGGUGCCAGCGCCAUUACGCAGCGCCGACGGAGCGGCAAUAGGUGGCGACUCGACAUCCAACUUUGCUGAAAACAAUGGUUUCUCCCUAUGCAAUAUCGCUGGUACUGUCGAGGAAUUGAUCCCGCAGGCCUCGGCAGGCCCUGCAGCUGCCUUCGUCGCUUGCCCAUCGGAGGAACUUCAUGGCGCUAGCGGGGCACAUGCGGAUGAAGUGGCGGCGUCCAGGGAGGCAAGCCCAAUGAAUUGUAUUGCCAUGCCGUCUUCUGGGUCCGUGGUGCUGGCUGAACCCGAGCUCACGAUCUCGCCUGUGGCCUCUCCGCCCGGAACGCGCGGCUUCAAGCCGUUUUGGAGCUCACACCCGACCGGUUGUGUCCUGUCUCCGCACUCUGCCCGCCAUCGGGCCGGCAGCGCUGGACAGUUGCGCCGCCUGGAGGAGGCGGCGGAGGAGGAGGGCGAGGGGGAGGGGGAGGAGCGGCAGGAGGCAUGGACAGACGGAGAGUUAGUCCUGGAAGAGGAGGAAGAGGAAGCUGAAGACCAGGCGGAGGUGGAUGAGGAACGGGACCUUGGUGCUGAGGGCGGUUGGGCGUUUGGUGGCGCGGAUUGCGAAUCGCCGGAAGUCGCACCACAAGGCGCCGCGCGUCUGGCACUGGGCCGUGCGGCUUCAGAGACUGACAUGCAGCUCUUCUUCAACCCGAUGUUUGCGGCUGGGCAAGAGGCGAAUGGCGCAGGGGCUGGGAAUGGCACGGCUGCGAUGCGAAGGUCCCUCAACGUUCUACCUGCAUCAGCACGUCCCUCCAGAGGAACGGAUGAUGUGUCGUUCGUCACAGGUCUGCAUGCAGCCAGGGUAUGGGGCCGCAUGUCAGCCAACCGCACGCUUCCUGCGGCUGCGGGUUAUGCCUACCCCUCGCGCCCGCUGGCGCAGAGUAGCCGCGGAAGCGGCUCUGGCAGCAUCUUUGCGCGCGCACGCCGGAUGUCGAUUGACCAUCGAGUCAAUGAUCUGGUACGGAGGCAGUCACUGUGGCCGUCCCCGUCAAUGCCGGAGGCUGCGGGCGCGUCGUCGCCUUCGACCACGCUGGCGACUCCGGCGCUGUCGGGGCCGUCCCUGGCUGGCGUCGGCACGGCCGGUGGCGGCGAGCAGCUGGUCCCGGUGUCGCGCUCCAACCCCAUGGUGAAGCUCUACAAGAAGAUCAGCAAGCGGUUGAGCACCACCUCCCGUGACAGUCGGGAGGGUCUAUAA